AAUAAAGCCUGAGUGAGGUGUCCUGGGUCCUCAGAAACCUCUGAGGAGUUGAGUCUGCGGGUGGACUGAAGCAGAAGAAUUAACCACAGGUCUUAGGGACAUGACUCCAGCUAUAUUCCUGACAAUCUUAUGCUUGGGAGUGGCCUCAGCUGCUCCAGCGCUUGAUCUCAGUUUGGAUGAUGAAUGGCAAGAAUGGAAGACGAAAUAUGAAAAAUCAUACAGUAGUCUGGAAGAAGAAGCACAGAAGAGAGCAGUAUGGGAAGAAAAUAUGAAGAUUAUCAAAAUGCAUAAUGGGGAGAAUGGCCUGGGGAAGAACGGCUUCACCAUGGAAAUGAACGCCUUUGGUGACAUGACCCAUAAAGAAUACAGAAAAAUGAUGACUGAUAUUCCAGUUCCAGCUGCCAUGUAUGAGGAAAGUGACCAAGGAGGUCUUAGCGAUUUCCCCAAAUUUAAGGACUGGAGAAGGGAAGGCUAUGUGACUCCUGUACGGAACCAGGGUGACUGCGGUUCUUGCUGGGCUUUUGCUGCAGCUGGUGCCAUAGAAGGACAGAUGUUCUGGAGAACUGGCAACCUGACCCCUCUAAGUGUGCAGAACCUACUGGACUGUUCUAAACCUCAAGGCAAUGAUGGCUGCCAAGAUGGUACUGCAUACAAAGCCUUCCAAUAUGUUCUCCGCAAUAAAGGUCUCGAGGCUGAGGCAACCUAUCCAUACGAGGGAAGAGAUGGACCCUGCAGGUACAAUCCUAAGAAUUCUAAAGCUUAUAUCACAGAACUUGUGACCCUCCCACCACAUGAAAAGUACCUACUGGUGGCUGUAGCGUCUAUAGGACCCGUCUCUGCUGCAAUUGAUGCUUCCCAUGAUUCUUUCAGGUUCUACAGUGGAGGCAUUUAUCACGAGCCAAACUGCAGCAGUUACGUAACGAAUCAUGGAGUUCUGGUGGUUGGCUAUGGAUUUGAGGGAAAUGAAACAGAUGGUAAUAACUACUGGCUGAUCAAGAACAGCUGGGGAGAAAAUUGGGGCAUAAAUGGCUACAUGAAGAUUGCCAAAGAUCGCAACAACCACUGUUCAAUUGCUUCACACGCCAGCUUCCCCAAUAUAUUCUGAACUCCUGGUGGCCGUAAGGGAGGACUUGGCAGAGACAGCAUUCAAUGGAGUGCUUUCCACUUCCCAGUGACCAGCCUUCGCUGAGUGUGUUCAACAGUUGAGUUCCUGAAGAGGUCCAUUGCACUGUGAAUUCUGGGACCUGCUCACUCUAUCUCAAAAGGGCAACUUUGUGCCUGAUGGGUCUUUAUGACACUUGCAGCAACUUGACUUUCACUUUUAAUGGUUAUACAAAUGGUGUCUUUAAAAAUAAUGAAUUCAAAUAUAGUUUCUAGCAUCUCUCUGUUUUGUGAAAUGAUUUCCUUUUUGUGAUCAAACAUGGAAUUUAUCUAGAUGACAACAUUGAGUGUGCUGGUGGCAUUCUAGGAGAAAGAGAAAGUGGCUCUUUUGUGAUGGCCUUUAUUCCAUUUGGGUUAUGGUCUGCUUACAGGGUUUUAUACACUAGCAACCAUUUUCCAAAAGACUUUAUAAACAUUUCUGGAUUUGAUAUUUUUAACCAACAUUAAUUUACCAUUAUGUUCUCUGUGAAGUGUGAUGGCACAAUGUACUGCCCGACUGAAUUGAAUGGAGCUGUGACUCUCCCUUGUCCAGCACCUCAACCCUGUACUAGAUUCCCAGUUACUGUGCCAGAGACAUUAAGGUCACCACGCCUGCACUUACAGGAUUGUGGUUCAGGUGACACUUCCAGAAUCUUCAGUUCUUCAACAUACAAGAGUAACAAGAGAGGUUUUCAAUACAGUCCAUCACAGACAUUGCCCUAUUCUAUUACGAGUUACUGAGCUUAUUGCCUGAUGCACUGACCUUUACCUUAGCCAUGCAAGUAUGGAAAAUAGUGUAUGUAUGUCUGUACAUAUGUAUAUUCACAUAUAUUCAUAUACAACUUUGUAUACAGGUCUCAAACAGUGAGUGCUAUUCUUACCCUAUACCCUAGUGGACAGUGAAACACUGGCCUAUGCAGAUUUAUCCCAGUUUCUCACAGCCAGU